AUGGGGGUCACUUUCCCCAUUGUGAAGACAGCCCAACGAGAGGUGCUAAGUGUGGCCCUUGUCUUUUCGAUUCUUGCGGUGGCUGCGGUCUGCUUGCGGUUACUGGCUCAUCAUCUGGCACGUAAACCCUGGACGCCAAGUGACUACGCAAUCAUCAUUGCUUGUAUCUUUGCGGUGGGCCUUCAGUCGAUCAGUAUCACCGGCGUGAUUCAAGCUGGCAUCGGAUACGACCAUGUCACAGCCAUCGCCGCGGUCUAUGGCCUGGCUCCCAUCACCAAGCUCCUCACUUUGGUCAUUCCACUGCAGUUUCUAUGGGUCCUGAGUCUGAGCUGCACCAAAGUCUCAAUCUUACUCUUGUAUCUGCGCAUCUUUCCCGUCACUUGGGUUGUCUGGGCUUCCCGCGCAACCAUGCUGGUGAUUAUUCUCUGGGCCAUUGCAACCAUUCUGGCAGGCUCGUUGAUAUGUCGCCCGUUUGCGUUCAAUUGGGACCAGACCAUCCCAGGGGGUCACUGCGGGAACCAAGUCCAGUCCUUUACGGCGACGGGUGUCAUCAAUCUGAUUACCGACGUAUUCGUGCUGAUCAUCCCCAUGCCGCUUCUCUAUAAGUUGCAGAUGGCCACCUACAAAAAAGCAACUCUCAUCAUUGUUUUUGGCUUGGGUUUUGUAACCUGCAUCAUCAGCGCCCUCCGCAUCGCAGUCCUCUCCUCCAUGGACUUUGCCGACAUCACCUACACCAUCCCCCGGGCCAACAUCUUCAGCGGCGUCGAGCCCUGUCUCGCCGUCAUCCUCGCCUCUGUCCCCCUCAUGCGUCCCCUUCUCGGCCGCUCCGCACAAAACUCCGAAGUCACCGCCGCCCACACCCGCAAACCGUCCGAACCAUCCGCAGCCUCGACCAAGCGCUGCGAAAAUGGGUUCCUGCAACUCGAAGAUAACUCGAGCCAGUUACAGUUGAGGCCCGUGGGCACGAAACAUCGCGUCGGCGUGCUCGCACAGGAGACGGAUCGUACAAGUGAGGAAUCAAUGGAGAUGACGCAAUCGAGUCCUCGUUCUCAGGAUUGUGAUACUAAGCGGGAUCAUGGGAUCUCAGUGAAACAGGAGUGGGAUGUCCAGCACACUACUCAUUAA